CAUGCAGAGUUUUCACCCUGAGCUCCUUCAGCCGCUCACUGAAUCCAUAAGCAGUGGUUAUCACGGAGUGCUGCUGAUCUGUGGAGUCACCACAGAGAAGAUUAGUACUCUGAUUGACCACAGUAUCAUCAAACAGGUUCUGGCAAAUCUGUUUAGCCAUAUGUUGUCACAGGUGAAAGAGGAGUCGUUCAUUUCUGUGUCGUUCGUUCAGUUUUAUCCUGAUGGCACUGCUGUGGAUCUCCUGAGUGCCAGUAAACAGACUUUAAAACUUGUGGCACAUCCAGUCCUUGGAAGUCUUGUAGCAGGUUUGUGUGAAGUGUGUGUGUGUUCAGCAGAAGAAGCCUACACUCUGUAUAAAACCUGCAGGGAGACACUGAAAGCCAGUGCAGGCUCCAUUUACAACAGAUGUAGUUCCCUGUUCACGGUGACUUUUGAGUGGAAACUUCAUCCAGAAGAGGUGGAGUCUGAGAUCUGCCGCAGUAAACUGCAGCUGUUCAGCCUGGCAGGAGGAGCCAGCAGGACUGACCUCAGAGGGUCAGUCUUACACUCGCAUACAGCAACAUAUCUGUUACAUGAGCCAGAUGAGCUAAAAGUGAUGUCCUAACGUUCAGCUGAGUGAUAAAACACUGAAAGAUCCCUUCCACACAUAUAUUAAGGCACGCAUAAAAAUCACCUCCUGUGUGCAGAAUAAAAGCAUAAUUAGCUUAUUAAAAAUCUUUAAUGUGGUCAUUUUCCUCACUCCUUCCCCCUCAUUUAAAUAUUUCAUUUCACAAGUUUAACUGCUAGACUCAAGAGGUCUCCUGCUUCUCUGUAAAAGUCUGUUCACAACACCGGAGAUUUCAAGUUUCCGCAUCAUACUUGCGUGUGUUGAAUACUGGAUCAGGAUUGGCUUCCAAACCGUUUGUGGUGUCACAU